CGUGUACUAAUCAUGUUUUAUUUUGAAAAGCCCAGCGGAAGCGUGUCUGCGCUCUGACUCCCUGACUCGGUUCGCCGUGCCGCCUGGACUCCGCUGCGGAUUGUCUCUCGUUAAAACGUUAGUUCUUCACUCUUUGGACCGGCACCAUGUCGCACAGCGUUAUGACCGCCGGCGCGGUGAGCAGCACCAGGACGCCCGCCGACGGCGUCCUGAACAUGGGCUACACCCGGACCAUGCCGGGGCUGCUGAAGAUGGGCCAGAUUCUCGCCCUGCUUAUCGUCUUCCUGUGUGUCCACCUGGCCUGGGGCUGGCCCAGUUGGGCUGCCUUCCAGUACUUCGAGUUGGUGGCGCUGUGGUUCUUUGUCGCCCUUCUCAUCUUCCUGCUCAUGCACCUGUUCAGGCUGCAGCAGAAGAUGCCGUGUAUCAACUGGCCUCUGACGGAGUACUUCCACUACUCUGUGGGAACCGUCCUCAUCUUCAUUGGCUCUGUUGUGGCCGCUGUGAAGGGUUCUGGAGUUUCAGCGCUGGUGGCCGGAUCGGUACGGUUCUGUCUCUGUCUGCAGCUGCAGCGCCUUCUAGUCUUUGGUGACUGUACUGUUCUGUUUGCAGGUGUUCGGCUUCAUCGCUACCUUCCUGAUGGCCGUCAGCCUGUGGACGUCCUACAGCGUUAGCUGCGGCCCACAUCAGACGGGUGCAGCAGUCUAGUGGUCUGUCAGGAAGAACCCAGAUGGCUGUAUUAGCACAAACUGUGCUCAGUUUUCUGCCUAGCAACCACCUGAAUAAUUAACUUGACUGGAUUGUUUCUCAUUCUGCUGAGGUAACGAGUUCUGAUCCAGGACCAGUUGACGUUGUAACGUCUGCAGCAUUCUACUUUUACCUGUCAAGAGGCGGUAAUUAGUCUUAGUCUUCCUACCACACGUUUUCUUCUUCCUUCCACCUGACCAGACCUCUGAGGUCGCAUUUUCCUCUUCAAGGUGCUCAGUGUCACACUUUGUCACUUAAGUAUUUUCACUUUAGAAACCUCAGUUUCAGCGUUAGCCGCCAUCUCCCAUCCUUCCUGCUUCUAUUCUCACUUCCUGCCUGAAUGGGAGGCUUUCGAAGCCGUGUCCUGUCGUGUGCCAUAACUGCUUGUUUACAGGGUUUAGUUUUGGUUGAGCUUCAUUCAUUCCAGGCUUUUCUCCUACUUCUCCAGAUGCUGUAGCUUUGCUCUUUUGCAUGGUAAGAACUGCUAGCAUGUCAACACCUUACUCAGGGGCUCAACUACAGCAUUCACCACAAACAAACAACAGCAGACUCAUCGCUGCAGUAGAUUCAACCAGACUCCAGCUGUUCAAGGUCUGCCUUGUUUGAGGUUAAUGAGAUAAAGUGUGGUCUGAGCCGUUUAGAGCAGCUGCUGGAAGCAUCAUGGGACCAGUGGGUCCGCUGUCGUUUUCCAUCACAAGGCACAUCAGUGGAAGUUGGAGGUUUAAAACUACAUACGGGUAAAAUGACUGAAGUGGAGUAAAAAAACAGUAAAGUGUGUAGGUAAUAAACCAAAAAUAAUGAUUUCUACAAAUAUUUAAAUGCAUGAAAUAAAUGAAGAGCUUUUAUAGCAAGACCUACACGUGGACGAAUGAAGUCAGCAAACUGCAUUAAAAAAAUACAUCAGUGUAAUCGAGGAGACACACCGUAACACACCUUCUGAACGUUAAGGGAUCCGUUGCAGCCCCUUCCAGGUGCUUCGGGCCCCUCGAGGUGCGUGGGUCUGUCGCAGGCCGCCCCUCAGUCAUCACUGGCCCGUCGUGGGGCACUUCGAGGCGCCAAGGGGCUUUCGGGGGGCCGUCACUGUGUCGCGGGGGCCGUCACUGUGUCGCGGGGGCCGUCACUGUGUCGCGGGGGCCGUCACUGACUCGGUGACACAGUGACGGCCCCUGUGACGGGCUGGCCCCUCCAGGCACCUGGGGGGCCGUCACUGUGUCGUCACCAGCUCGUCGCGGGGCAUCACCAUGUCGUCACCAGGUCGCCUCCUCCAGGCGCCCGGGGGGGCGUCAUGGGGCGCUUCGAGGCGCCAGGGGUCUUUCAGGGGGCCGUCACUGUGUCGUCGGAGGGCCGUCACCGUGUCGUUACCGGCCCGUCACGGGGCAUCACUCCAGGUGGCCGGGGUGCGCUUCGAGGCGCCAGGGGUCUUUCAGGGGGCCGUCACCGUGUCGUUACCGGCCCGCCGCGGGUCGUCACUGGGUCGUCACUGUGUCGUCACUGUGUCGUCACUGGGCCGUCACCGUGUCGUUACCGGCCCGCCGCGGGUCGUCACUGGGUCGUCACUGUGUCGUCACUGGGCCGUCACCGUGUCGUUACCGGCCCGCCGCGGGUCGUCACUGGGUCGUCACUGGGCCGUCACCGUGUCGUUACCGGCCCGUCGUGGGGCAUCACUCCAGGUGGCCGGGGUGCGCUUCGAGGCGCCAGGGGUCUUUCGGGGGGCCGUCACCGUGUCGUUACCGGCCCGUCGCGGGUCGUCACUGUGUCGUCACCGGCCCGUCGCGGGGCCGUCACCGGGCACCUCGAGGCGUCCCGGGGCUGUCACGCUGUCGCGAGGCGCGUGGGGCCCGACGCAGGUCUUCAGGGGACGUUGGGCAUUGCACACUGAAGCUUCCUGUUGUCAUUGCUGCUGUUCAUGCUCAGAAGCAGCCUUUCAUUCUUUUGCUCACAGCUCUUGUGUAUUUGCUGCUUCUCGCUGAUUUUGUUUCCACUGAAGUUGUUGAUGGCACUGGGUCGGGUCACACGCUGGCUAAUCCUGUCUCAUGUAGCCACGAUCAGGAUAUUUCUUUAGCACUUUCGGAUUUUGUGUAGAGUGCGUUUUAACCCUGUCUGUUUUGCUUUGGUAUCAGAUUUGACUGUUUAAUCUAUUAAGCUGGGUUUCUAUUGGUGUCUGGAACCACACGGACUUUUGAGUCUAAAUUUGAAUGAAGGUAACCACAUCACUCUUUGUGGCUCUGUGCUCUAUAAAGCCAGACUGUUUACAUAAUUGAUUUCCUGGUAGCUCAGCUGCAAAUUUUGGACGGACGUGUGUUUACUUGAAGAUUUGAGCUCCAUCCAUUAAAAGUGGGUUUGGGUUUGACUAGUUUGUUGUGACCCAGAUGCCUCUGGCUGCAGAGCCUACUGACUAAUGAGCAUGACAUGUUCACUCACGGUUCUGGAUCAGCAGAACCAAGGCGUCGUGCUUCUUUGGUUCUGUACGAGGCCCAGUGGACCCAGACAUCCUGAUGGUUGAGGUCACUUACAUUUUUCUCCAAAGUGCCUUGAUGUUCUGUUGAUGUACUGGUCCGAUCGUGGUCGGGUGGUUCGUGGUUCGUGGAAAGCUCAUGACUUAUUCUGUUAUUGUUUUUCUACAUUUUUAACAGUUUCAAAUACAAUCUGUGAUUUGUCGCAUGUUUGAAAAUAAAAGCUCUUUGCACCA